UGUACGAGGCCACACAGCCAGGAAGUGGCAGAGCCGGGUCUGGAACAACACUGGACAGUGGGCUGCCCAAUCCAGAGCUGGGGACACUGAGCUGGUCCUCACUGGGAGGCUACCUAUUCCCAUGACAGCACCCACCAUAGCUGAGAGGUGCACGGGCCUGAGGUCACCCCAAGGACGGAGCCUGGGAGGAUUCCCCUCGCCAGCCAGAUUGGGUUUCACGAGCCACUCGCUGGGCGACUGCAGAGAGCAACGCUGGGAUCAAAGCGGCAGCCCCCGCGCCCUCCAUCCUGGCGGGUGGUCAGGAGCGGGCGACCAGGCUGAGCGCGGGGCUGUCCCCGGGGGAGGAGGAGCCUCUGUGCAGCAGCCUCGAGCCUCGGCCCUGAGACACCAGCCUGGGCCAGCACCUGCCCCGCGGGGACCCCCCGCCUCGCCAGACCCCAUGGCCACCCCGGCUCCGGCGACAAGCCCUGAGCAGCCACGUGCUGCCGGCUUCUCCCGCUGCCCCGACUGGUGCAGGACGCUGGGCGUCCGACCUCAGCUUCCUCAGAUGUGCCAUGGGAGGCAACGUCUUGUAAGACAAUCAGUGUCGUCCAGAUACAGAGCCUCUGGUCACCCUCCAGCCUUCAGAGCUCCUCCGCCCUGGCCUCGGCUCACUGUCCCCACCUGUCUGCAUGACAGCUUCCAUCUUCCAGUCCUUGCUGGCAUGCUGCCUCCUCCCAGAAGCCCUCCCUGCCUGCUCUGCAAAGCAGCACUGCCCUGUUCUAUCCCCCUGUUCAAGCCCGUCGCGGCCCCGGGCACUGUCCCUGCAUGGAUGGAGGGGGUCUUAGACCUGCUAGGCAGAUCCACGGACCUGGGUGUGGCUGGCUUCUCAGCCUUUCUUAUUACACCCACAGAGGCUUUGCAGACCCUCCUCCUGCUCAGCCCCGGAGGUCUGGAAGCAGCUGGGGGCUGCAUGUGCUGACCAGGGCCUGAGACCUGCGUCCCCCUCAGCAUCAGACUGCUUCACACACAGCACCAGGAGACUCCGUCGGCCUCCCAGCCCUGCCCCUGUUGUCCCCUGUGUGCCCGGCCCGUGACACUUAGGUGCCCAGGUCAGAGCUUGUCCAACAAAGAGUCUGGGCUGACCCUGAGUUGGCCUGGGGCAGGGCUCUGAACAGGACCCAUGACCGGCACCAACUGUCCCCUCUGGGAAGCCUGCUGUAGGUGCGCUCAGCCUCCCCUCACCCCCGGGCUGCGGUGCCUCCCGGUGCUCUCCGGUCCCCUCCCGCCGUCCCCUCCUCCCACACCAGCUGCUUCCCGGAGGCCACUGCGGCUGCCUUGAGCCCAGGCACAGACGCGGGUCUGAAUGGUGCAGCCUGCACCUCCCGCCUACAGGUGAGUGAGCCCUGGGCCGGGCGCUGCACACAUGAAGUCCCUGGCUGGUGUGUCCCCCCUCAAGACCAACUUUACAAAGAGACAAAGCUCAGCCCCUCUCCCUCCUGAACUCAGAGCUGGUGGCUUCCAGGCCAAGUCCCGAGACAAGGCCAGACACCUCCUUCCCGUCACAUGGAGCUAGUGGGCAUCAGGACUCCCGGUGAAAUUUAAAUUUCAGAUAAGUGA